UCUUACAUUGUUUUACCAUUGGUGCAAAAAGUCAACAAGCAAACUGUUAGAACGGUGAUUAAACAAUUUUUACUGGAGUAUGAGUUCCUUUCACUAAAAUUUCGCUUUAUUAUAAAACAGUGUUUGCCAAAGAUUACUCCUAAAAAUAAGUUUUUCGUAUAUUUUUGCCGGGCGAGUUUUUUGAGGUAGGUUGCGAUUAACUGCGCGGGCGCAAACCGUCUUUCCCGCGCUUUUUGAAGCAAUAAUGGCCGACUACGAUUUGAAAAUUUCCACACAAAUUUGUUACCCAAAUCAAUCAUUUGUUUCUGAAUCUGAAUAUGAAUUCAACCCGUUUUCAUAUUUCAACGUGUUCGAACUAUCUGUCAUUAUACAUAUGUUAGUACCAAUAUUGUUUUUUUACUUAAUAAUGACAACAGGCAAUACAGAGCGUGAACAAACCCGCAAAGAAAUUCUCGCCGAAAUAGAAAAAAAGAAAGUUGUACCCCAGGUCCGAUUUCCCAGUGGAAACUUCGGAAGGUCUAAAUCUCUUACUUGUAUAAAGUACUCCCCUUCUAAAGAUGUCAGUCUUCUAGACUUAACUGAUAUCCGAAAAAUUCAAUAUUUAGAAAAUAAAGAAUCUCAGGAGGACGAGAGAGAUUACGAUGCUGGUGGUUACAUGCCCAUUAGUAUCGGCGACCUACUUAAGGGCCAGUACAAAGUAUGUAGGAAAUUGGGCUUUGGACAUUUCUCAACAGUAUGGCUAUGCAAAAACCUUCUAGAUGAAGGUCCUGUAUAUGUAGCUUUGAAAAUAUGUAAGAGCGCACACAUGUUUGCAGCUGUCGCACAGGACGAGAUAAAACUUCUUCAAGAGACCAAAUCCAUAGAUCCUACACAUUCUGGUUAUAAGUAUAUCGUCCAAAUGGUCGAUACCUUUAGAUUAAUAAGCGUUAACGGAAUUCACACUGCCAUUUCCAUGGAAAUUAUGGGGCCCUCUUUGCUCCAUAUCCUAAUUCAAUCAGACUUUAGAGGAAUUCAUAUAGAUUGUGUCAAAAGGAUUAUCCAGCAGGUGCUAACAGGUUUGACCUACCUCCAUGACGUGUGUAAGAUCAUUCACACUGAUAUUAAACCUGAAAACAUUCUUAUUAAAGUAGAUCAAAAUUACCUCAGAACAAUCAUAGGAAAGACAGAACGUUUUCAGGAGUUGGGUUUGGAAAUGCCUCGCUCUUAUGUUACUUCGGACUGUUGGGUGGACCACGAGAAGGAUCUGAGAAACUCGGAUGAAGAUUUAUUAGCAAAGUAUGAGGAACAAAGAGGACAGUCUUAUCCUUAUGACAAAUAUUUAAUAGAAUUAACUAAUUUCCGUGAACGACAUGCCGAGCCUCGUCUUACUUCGCCUAUGUGGGUUAAUCCAAAUAUAGAAAUCAAGAUUGCUGAUCUUGGAAACGCUUGCUGGGAGGACCACCACUUUUCAAAUGAAAUCCAAACGAGGCAGUAUAGGGCUUUGGAAGUAAUUUUAGGUGCAGAUUAUAGCUUUCCAGCUGAUCUUUGGUCUGUGGGUUGUAUGGCAUUUGAAUUGGCGACGGGUGAAAUGCUCUUUAGUCCGAAAGGAGACAAGGGCUUUUCUGCGAAUCUUGACCAUCUGUGUCUCAUUUGGGAAACUCUCGGUGGCAUUCCCCGGUAUAUAACUGAGACUGGUACAAACGUUCGCCAAUAUUUCUCUAAUGGUAUUUUAAAGAACGUCGCUUAUGAUAGUUUACGUAUAUGGAAGAUAGAGGACGUCUUAGUUGAUAAAUACAAGUGGAAGCGUGUGGAUGCUAUCCCCUUUGCAGGGUUUUUGGAAAGUUUAAUUGAACCGGAUCCUGCGUUACGUUUUACGGCUGCUACAGCUCUUCAAAGCGAAUGGUUAACGUCUGACGACUAAACUCCUACCUGAAGGUUAAUCUUUACUAAGAGUCUCCAAAGAUUGUCAUGUAUUUGUAAGACUGAUGUUAUUUAUUUACUACUACUAUUAUCGUUUUCUUGUUAUUUAUUUAAAUAUUAAUUUGUUCGAUUUCUUCUAUUAGAGUUUUAUAUUAAA